AUGUUUCAAGGUAUCAUGGAAAAUAUGAUUCAAGGCAAAGGAUCUGUGACAGGCAAGGGCCUCUGCUGCAGCCUUCACAAGAUCACUUUCACUAGUAGACUAGACAACCGCUUUUAUCGGCGUAUCAAUGCGGUCCAGUUUGAUGUGCGGUACCUGGCCACCAACACAGAAAAAUUCAACCAGAAAGGAAGCAAUAUUGUUAGGCAAGCCAGGAUUGUCACUGAACUGUGCUUGAAACUGAUCAAAGAUGACACAUGUAUCGACCCCACGCCCCUAUACCAUGAACUGCAAGCCAACUACCACUCUCCAGAUCAUAGCGAUGAGGAUCCAACUGGCGAAAGUAGAGGUGGGGGAUUGCGGGGUGAGGGCAAGGGGGGUCACAGCAAAGGUCUUCGUGGUCGAGGACAACCUGCAGCUGUAAAGAAGUCAUGGCAACAAAUGUGUCGAGAUCUCCUCAGAAGCAUAUUUGAAAAAGAAGACUCUAUACCCUUCAGAUUUCCAGUGGACUUGGAGCGUUACCCUGACUACAGUCAGGUGAUUGAUAUACCCAUGGACCUCACCACAGUUAGAGAAGAGUUGUCAGCCUCAGGCUACUCCACACCACAUGACUUUGCCAAGGAUGUUCGACUCAUCUUUACAAACUCCAAAAAUUACAACACCAACAAGAGGUCCAGGAUUUACUCCAUGACUCUACGGUUGGAAGCAUAUUUUGAGGACCAGAUAAAGCCAAUAUUAGCAAGCUACAAAUCAAAAGGUAAGCGUGGUCCAUAUAAACCUACUCGAGGCCCGAAAGGAAAAUUUAUAUCACCCUCUCAGAAAAUUCUGAGUGGACAGACAUGCGCAGCUCAGGCUGGGCAGAGCUCCAGCAAGGGGUCUAGUGGUCUCUCUUCAGGGGGGCGUGGAGGUCUGCAGAAGAGGGCGCCACCAUCUCGCCUGGGCUCACCUGCAUCAUCACGCAGUGGAACCUCUGGCAGGAUGAGCGGUCCUCGCACAAAACAUGGUGCUUCUGUCUCAGCUGGGGAAAGGAGAAGUCCUGUCACGUCAACAGCCUUUGGCAGGCCAGUUGUUCCUCCCCAUCGUGCUGAGUAUUCACUUUCAACCACUUUUGAAGAUGAAGAAAACCACAUUGAAGAGGAGGAAGAGGAGGAAGACAUCAUGGACACCAGUCUUUACUCCAAUGCUGACGGGGCAAGAAGGUCUCGUAGAGUUGCAAGAAAGAAACUUAUGAACAGCAAUGAUGACGAUGACUCAGGUGAGGAGUACAAUCCUCGGAACAGAAAGAAAAAAUCGUCAGCAAAGACCAAGAAGAAAGGUGUGGCAACAAGAAACCGGGGCAGAGUUACCGUCCAGUACAAAGAAGAGAGUGAGGAUGAAUAUGUAAGUUUCAAAAACAAAAAUAGUGGUGGUAACACCAAAAAGAAAAAUGUUGUGGAAAGUGAAAGUAAUGACAAUAGUAGUGGUUGUGAUAUUCCUGGCCCAAGUACAAAAAGAACUAAUGGCCAAAUAUUUGGCAUGAAAAGUAGGCUUGAAAGCUCUAGUGAUGAGUCAGAUGAAGAAUUUGGCAGCAAAGGCAAGUCAAAUGGAGUGAAUGGGGUGGACAAUAGAAAACAGGCCAGACAGGGAGGGGUUGGAAAAGUGACUCAGCCAAAGAGCAGUGAAGAUAGUGAAGAUAGUAGUGGUUCCUCUAGUCUAUCAGAUGAUGAAGGUAAUGAUUACAGUAAAGAUCAGUCCAAAGGAAAGCUUGGGUAUGUUAAGAGAAGACAAUCUACAAGUGAUAGUAGUUCUAGUAGUGUAGGUAAGGCCCAUCCCAAAGGUAAGAGUAAAAGUCAGAUACCACCCACUUCAAAAGGAAAACCAAUGAACAUCAAACGAUAUAAUAAAGAGGAGAGUGAGGUAGAAUUUGAUGAUGAAGACCUAGAAUCAAGUACAGAGGAGAGUGCAGAUGAUGACCUAAACAAUCGUCGAGGCAGGAAGAGAGGUGUUGCAUCCAGUGUAAGAAGGGCAAGAAAGAUCAUCCUUGAUGGUGAUGAUGAAGAUGACAGAGAUUUCAUUGUUGAUAAAGAUUUUAUUGAUGAUGCAGACAUGACAGAAGAAGAGUCAAGUUCUCAGUCGGAAAGUGAUGAAGGCAGUGAAGAUCAUGUCAAGCACGUAAAGAAGAAGAAAAAGGAGAAAAAGAAGGCCAAAUCUUCUAAGAAGAAAAUGCCUGCCAAAAAGAACACAAAGAAGACCCAACCAAAGAAAAGUAAUACAAAGAAAAAAAACAAUAAGAAUGCCAAGACCAAGAAGGCUCAGCCACCCAGCAAGCGGCCACAACCGAAGAACGUGCAAGAGCUCAUCACAGUCAAUAGACCUGGCCAGUCACCCAUUCCUUAUCAACCCCUCAGCUAUGGAAGUCAGAUUGUUACUGUAGUUGAUCAGAUUGAACAUAGAGGACGUGUUUUUGGGAGGGUCAUAACAUCUACAUGUGGUGAAAAUGAUCAUGGUGAUGAUGAUGAGGAAGAGGAAGAGGAGGAGGAGGAAAGUGAGAGUGAAGAUUCUGACUCAGAAGAAAGUAGUGAUGGUUACCCAGCACCUACAUAUACAAAAGGCAAAGGGAAACCAUUGACAAAUCCAACAAAUGCAAAACGCUCGUAUGAAAGUGACUCUGACUAUGAGUGUGCUAAGAGCAAAAAGUCCAAAAAAAGACCGAGGUACAGUGAAGAGGAGGAAAAUGAAGAGGUUGACGUCAGUAGCCGUGGUAGAGUUAGAAAGGCAAAUACCCUCAUGAGAGACUUCAUAUAGUAUUAGGUUUGAUGUAGAUGGUUUUAAAAUGAAGAAUCAUUUGAGAACAUUUUUUAUACUGAAUAUUUACUAACACACUAUAUUUUUUAGCAAAGAUUUUAGACAUCCAAAAAGAAACAUUUCACCAGAGAAAGGCCAAAAUCAGAUGGUGGACAUUUUGCUAAAGGUUAUUGAGGUGUUGGUUAUUCAGGUUGUAAACUGUGAUAUUUAGAGUUUCCUGUAAAAACAAAAUGUAGACAAGUUUUUUAAGCUUAAUGUAAUGUCAUAUAAAAGGGUCAUUAAAGCUUCAAACAGUAUGUAUUGUGUGAUAUUAUUAGAUACAAUCUCUCAGGGGUGCCUGCAACCAAUUUAUUUUCUUACUCUACCCAUUUUCUUAUCAUUCAUACCUCAUUUUUUAAUUUAUAAAUAAAAACUCUGUUGUGAAGUUGAAAGUCAACAGAAGUACAGACUUAAUGACCAGAUAUACACUGCCUUAAAGCUUUCAAUAUUUAUAAACCAUAACCAGCCCUGUGAUUAGAGUAACAACUCAGCCCUCAGAUUCUCUUAUUUUUUAGAAUACUUAAUAAUGACCAAGACUAUUGAAAAGGUCAUUGGUGACAGCAUCUGUAGUGUCAUUAAUGAUCAUAGCUCAUGUGACAAGGCCACUAUUAUUAUUUACACUUAAGUGCUGUUGCUCUACUGUCCAUACUUUGCCUUGUGUUAUUAUCAUGUUAAUGGAACUUGAAGGCAUGGCGAUAAAAGACCAAGCAGUAUUGCUCAAAUGAAGGGUAGCUUUAGGAUUAAUGUGACAAAAAUGAUCAUGUUAAGCAAGAAAGAUUACCCACUGAUCAUGGUGAGAUGUGUCGCCAUUGGCUUGUAGUUCUACGUUUGUGAGGUGCAGAUUUUGAAUCUAUUUUUUAUUUAUUUUAUUUUAUUUCUCCUUCUUGUAUAUCUAUAUAAAUAGGUAACCAACAUAGUUGUCAUCUGAUUUUUUUAUUGGAAAAUAUGAUAGGAUAUUAGAUUACAUGUAUAUCAUUUAUUUUAUUUUAAAGUGUUUGUGUCCUAAUUAAAUGCAAAAUUUGCAACAUUAAUUCAAUCAUACUCCAAGUUCCAUGUUGGCCCAAAGGCAAGGUCUAAUGCCAAGUAACUAAGAACAAAAAAGUAGUUGCAAACAGGUGAUAAGCAGUUGUCCAUCUCUUGAAGUGUUCAAUGAGCUGGAGAUGUGCUUUUUUCUUUUUCUUUAUUUUUGUCUUCCAUUGUCAUUAAAUUAUUUAAGUGAGCCAAAGAUCUGUGUAUUUUCCUGAUUUUUAUUAAUUAUUUAAAAACAGCAAAAGUGAUCUUAAUAAUCCCUCAUGUUGGGGGUUUAGGAUCAUGGUAAAGACACAACCGGAUGUAGUUAUUUUGCAUGUCACUGCCGGUUUUCAAGGACAGGUUAUUUGCAAUCUUUUCUUCAGGAAUUGUAAGUUUCGUAGAGUAGUCUCAGCAUUCACGAAGUACUUUACUUUUUUAAGAUAUUUGAUAUGUUUUGUAAGUUAACUGCCUAGGCCAUUGCCAUCUUAAAUAUUGCUCAUAAAUUUUCUAAUAAAACUGACAACUCUCA